AUGGCCAUUCUCGAGGAUCUUGGUCUGGAGGUCAAGGUCCUCGUCAACAACUCGCCGUUGCAGGAGUACGAAGACAAUGACACGGAAUCCACAGACGACGGCUUCGGCGACGAAAUUCGCAAGUGUCGACGCUAUGUGGAGGUGGUCGGCGACACCGAGUUUGGUGUACAGUUUCGUGUCACACCGAACAGCAACUACCUGAACAGCAACAGGCAGCGAUUCCGGUUUGAAAUUGACUUGGAUGACCACGAAGAGCUCCGAGGUUUCUUGUUGAGAUCGAAGGGUGAACCAGUCUUGAUCGAGGGCCAAGUCGACUACGAUGGCCAAACGUAUGCCAUGCGCAAGUUCCGGUUCGCUACCAUGUCCACCGUCGAUGACGAUGACAUGAUGCGUGUAGAAAAGGACAAGGAGAUUGCCGGACUCCUUGGACUCAUUCGUGUCCGCGUUUGGCGUGCCGAAGUCAUUGAGAGCAACUUACCGGGAAGUCCAAGUCAGACUAUUGGAUUUGAUGAGACAGAGCUUCAGUUGGCUGAGAAAGCUCUAAAGGGCAAAGCACUUUCUCACAGGGUUACGCUCUCUGAUGCAGUCCCAACCAUAGGUACUACCUAUGCGACGUCCACAUUUGUGGACCCUGUCAAUGUUCCGCUGGCCGUUUUUUACUUCAAAUACCGCUCGAAAUGUAGAUUGCUCUCCAAGAACAACUGA